CCGGAGCCCCGGGCCAUGCGGCCCCCGCCGCCGCCGCCGCUGUCGCUCCUGUCGCUGCUGCUGCCGCCGCUGUUGCUGCUCGGCGGCCACGGCACCGCCGCGCCCCCGGCAGACUCUCUCUCCCAGCUGCCAGCUCCUCGAAACCCGAAGGUUCACCUGUACAACGCCGAGCAGGUUCUGACUUGGGAGCCGGGGUCCCUGAGCAAUGACAGCAGGCCGGUGGUCUACCAGGUGCAGUACAAAUACUUCUCUGGCAGCAGGUGGUACGACACCAACGACUUAGGUGUGAACUGUAUGAACCUCACCAAGCCGGAGUGUAACUUCACCCCGAGCAGCCUCUCAACGGGUUUCCCACCACAUUUCAACAUCUCUUUACGCGUGCGAGCUAAGCUGGAGGACCUGGUUUCCCCCUGGCUGACAGUGCCUUGGUUCCUGUCCUGUUGGAAUGUUACCAUUGGGCCUCCUGAGAGCAUCUGGGUGACGCCGGGAGAAGCCUCCCUCAUCAUCAGGUUCUCCUCUCCCUUCGACGUCCCUCCCAACCUGGGCUAUUUCCAGUACUAUGUCCAUUACUGGGAAAAGGCGGGAAUCCAAAAGGUUAAAGGUCCUUUCAAGAGCAACUCCAUCGUGUUGGAUGGCUUGAGACCCUUAAGAGAAUACUGUUUACAAGUGAAGGCGCAUCUCUUUCGCACAUCCUGCAACACCUCUAGGCCCGGCCGCUUAAGCAACAUAACUUGCUACGAAACAAUGAUGGAUGCCACUACGAAGCUUCAACAAGUCAUCCUCAUCGCCGUGGGAGUCUUUCUGUCGCUGGCGGCGCUGGCGGGGGGCUGUUUCUUCCUGGUGCUGAGAUACAAAGGCCUGGUGAAAUACUGGUUUCACUCUCCGCCAAGCAUCCCAUCACAAAUCGAAGAGUAUCUGAAGGACCCGAGCCAGCCUAUCCUAGAGGCCCUGGACAAGGACACGUCACCAACAGAUGAUGCCUGGGACUUGGUGUCUGUUGUUGCAUUUCCAGCAAAGGAGCAAGAAGAUGUUCCCCAAAGCACUUUGACCCAAAACUCUGGUGCAGUCUGCUAGCCUGUGGGGUAAGGGCUCUGAGCCGAGGAAGCUGCUGAUGUCCAUGUCAGCACUUUAUGGAAUCCGGUCCUCCAUUUUCCUGUCCCCAAAAGGCUCGUCAGUGCCUGUGAAGAUGUAACGGGUCUCAUGGGGGCGACAAGCUUAUUGAUUUUUUUCUUCAAACUAAGAGUUUUCUAAUCAUACGCGUUUUUAGAAUAAUUCUACAGAUAUGUCCCCGAAAGAUUAAGAUUUCUCUUAAACACUAAAAAGACAUGUAAUUAUUUGUUAGCAAAUGGGCGUCUGGCACGCCUCUGACACUUUCUCGUCAGCAGCCAGGACACGAGGUCCCCUCCUUGAUGAAGCCCCUCGGGCAGACCAUGUCACCUGUCCCAGCCUGCCCCAAGAAGGGACAUUAAGUGGCCCUUCUUCAUAUCCAAACACCUGGCUUGAAAUGUGAUUAGCCCUGUAAAUAGUUUCACAGAGAUUAAGCCUUUUUUUCCCCCAAGUUAGGAAUAAAAGACUAUAAUUAACUUUUUAAAA